GCAAUCAAUCAUGGAGCGUGUCCUCCUCUUACUUUACAGUCAUUUUGUUUAACUGGAGGGCUAUACGGUCGGACUAAAUUAUUGAAUGAUGGUCAGAUCUUCAGACAGAAGCAUCGUGGAACAGGUCCAAAAAGCUUCUCAUUGCUUUCUUUCUAAUUCUACGACCCAUCCACCCUGUAGUAUUAAACUACAACUAUAAAAUAAAGACAAGCAAACGACUUACUACUAGUUACUACUGCUACUACUACAAACAUACUACUGCUCCAUAGACAGUUCCCCGCUCAAACCUCCAGACUUCGCACAGAAGACAGGUUGAUAUUUGAUGAUGGACACCAUCAAGUCCUUCAAGGGCUACGGCAAGGUGGACCCUGUGGAAGAACAAGCAUUCAGGAGAAAAACCCGCAGGCGUACCAUUAUCUUGCUUGUUUCUCUGCUUCUCUUGGUAGCCCUCAUCGUUGGAGUGGUGGUGGCAACUGUUACCCACAAGAAGAAAAACAGCAAGGGUAACGCUAAUGAUGCUCCUACCUCCCCAUCUCAAUCUCUUCGAGCAAUCUGCAGCGUCACCGUCCAUCCCGACUCCUGCUACACCAGCAUUUCCUCCCUGGAGGCUUCCAACUCCACCACCGACCCGGAAAAGCUCUUCCAGCUCUCUUUACAAGUUGUCCACGCCUCCCUCCAGAAACUCUCCACUCUGCCUCAACACUGGAUCAGCGACGCCCGCGACCUCCCCCUCAAGAAGGCUUUGGGGGUUUGCCAAGCCGUCAUCGACGACGCGGUCGACGCCACCGAUGAAUCCCUCUCCUCCCUCAACGUGAGUGAGGGCGACAGACUGCUGACCGUCGACAGAGUCAACGAUCUCAAGACCUGGCUCAGCGCCUCCCUCACUGAUCUGGAGACUUGCUUGGAUUCGCUGGAAGAGGUGAAUGCUACGGUGCUGGCUGAACAAGUCAGGACUUCCUCCCGGAACUCGACCGAAUUUGCCAGCAACAGUUUGGCCAUUGUUUCCAAACUCCUCACCAUUCUCAGUGGGUUCAAGAUCCCAGUUCACAGAAAGUUGCUGGCAGCAGGGACAGACUCAGACGGGGGUUUUCCCAGGUGGGUUAGAGCGGCGGAUAGGAGGCUGCUUCAGACGCCAAAUGAAAAUACAAAGCCGGAUUUGGUGGUGGCCCAGGAUGGCAGCGGAGAUUACAGGACAAUCAGCGAAGCUGUGGCCAAGAUUCCAAAGAAGAGUAAAACGAGAUUCGUCAUAUACGUGAAGGCCGGUGUGUAUAAGGAGAAAGUGAGUCUGGACAAGUCGACGUCGAAUGUGAUGAUGUAUGGUGAUGGCAAGGCCAAGACCAUUGUUACCUCCGACGAUAAUUUCGUAGAUGGCACCCCAACUUUCGACACUGCCACGUUUGCUGUUGCAGGGAAAGGCUUCAUCGCAAAGAGUAUGGCAUUUAGGAACACUGCUGGAGCAGCUAAGCACCAGGCCGUGGCAUUCCGAUCAGGCUCUGACCAAUCUGUGCUGUAUCUGUGCUCCUUUGACGCCUUCCAGGACACCCUUUAUCCCCACUCCAAUCGGCAAUUCUACCGCGAAUGUGACAUCAGCGGAACCAUAGACUUCAUUUUUGGUAAUGCCGCGGUUGUCUUUCAGAACUGCAACAUUCGGCCCCGACAGCCGCUUCCCAAUCAGUUUGUAACCAUUACAGCUCAGGGAAAGAAAGAUCCCAAUCAGAACACAGGCAUUACCAUUCAGAACUGUGUCAUGUCUCCGCUGGACAAACUCACAGCUCCCACUUACCUGGGCAGGCCCUGGAAGCCUUAUUCCACUACCGUAAUCUUGCAAACCAACAUAGGUGCCUUCCUAGCCCCCAAAGGUUGGAUUGAAUGGGUCUUCAAUGUGGAGCCACCCAGCACCAUUUUCUACGGCGAGUACCAAAACACAGGUCCCGGAUCCAGCGUCGCGCAAAGGGUGAAGUGGGCUGGUUUUAACCCGAGUCUCACAGCGACUCAAGCUUCCAAGUAUACCGUAAAAUCAUUUAUAGCCGGCCAAAGUUGGAUACCGGCAUCUGCUGUGACCUUUACGUAAAUCUCCUACACUACCCCUUUCCAAUAAAAGAGCCUCUCCUCCUUGCUUUACCACUCCAAACGGCCGACUAGUAUAGGAACAGCUUCCAACUGCUGCAUAUAGCAAUUGCACCCCCGUACGUACAUUUUUAAUGUUUGCAGAGUUCCGUGGCUUCUACUAACAUUCUUGGUUUGUAUACAUUUAGUUCGUCUACUGGUUAUCCAUAUUACUGCUUACUAGCACUAGCACCUUAUUGCGAGUCCCCUGUCGAGAUGUUUGUAAACCACAGAGAUUGUCUGGUGUUUUGCUUGUUGGGCGAAUUUGUCAGAUGAUGCAUCAAUUUUUCUGAAUGAAAAAGGCAAAACUUGAGAUCAUCCUUUA